AUGGGUGUGCGUGUAGGGUGGGAGUCCUUCAGGUCCCCUGCUUGCUCCCUCUCUCUCGGGGUGCGAUCUGUCUGGCUGACAGCGCUAGACCAGAGAAACGAGCGUGGAGACUUCACCUUGGGCUCUGGGAAGCAAGGGUCGAAGUUGGGCCUGGAGGCAGUGCAGCCUCCGUCUGGGAAGCAUCUGGGGAGGUGGGAGGCGCCUCUCCGGCAGCCCAGAGCCUUUCGGAUCGCUCUGCCGACCCUGUGCACCUCUUGGGGCCCCGUCAGGACCAGGCUAGGAGAGCUGCGUCCUCCCGGAGGCGGGCACAGGUCCCUGCCCCAGAAGUCCGUCAGGUACUGCCCGCGCCGUGCCAGGUCAAGAGUGGACGAAGGACCGCCCCCGCGCCCGUCCGACGGCUUCGCGCCGCGCCCUAAGAGGCGACCCCGCGGAGGUAGGCGAGCUGCCGAGACCAGCGAGCCCGAGCCCGGAUCAGCGCCCCGGGGCCACCACGGCGAACGACCCCCAGCUACCCACGCCUUCACUUUCGUCCAGCCGGGGGCGUGGGGUGGGGAGGGUGACGCCCUCCUCGGCUUUGCCUCCGGCUGGGUCCUAACAAGUUGCGGCGUGGAGCAGACGUUGGGGGCCCACCUCGAUAGAGAGCCGGGAGUGCUGGAGGGGAGAUGGGUACUAGAGAAAAUUGCCGAAUUCAAGUGUGUUCAAGACUCCACGAGAGAACGAGCAGGGCUCUGGAUGCAGACUCGCGUUGGCGUCCUUUCCGGGGCUUGCCUUAAAUGCGUGGUGCCCCCACCCGGGCCUCCUCACCACUGGAGACUCUGGUCGCAGGUGGCCCUGAUGAUUGGAGGAAUCAUUGGGGGGCUGCUGCUGCUGCUGCUGCUGAUUGGAGUGAGCUGCUAUCUCUGGAAGAAGCUUUGUACCACUAUCACCUAUGAGGAGCUGCCCGGCACAGCAGACACAGCCACCACAUCUGCCACCUGUGGACAGGGAGGCAAGUGCUACCAACUGGGGGCCAGGACCCAGCAGAGCAGGCCACCAGGUGUGCCAUUUGUAGUACCACCUUCCCGCCAAGGCCGAGACUGGAUGCCUCUGCACAAUGAAGAGUGGGUCCAGGCCCCAGGAGACCUCAGCCCAGCCCCAGAGCUCCUGGCCCACCUUUCCUACAGCAGCAACCUUGGGGUUUCAAGUGUGGUGGGAACGAUCAAUCCAGAGCUGUACAAGUACCCUGGGGACAAGUGUGAGACUGAGUUCCCUGAGGGCUGCCUGGGCCGGCUGUGGUUCUCAGUGGAGUACCAGCAGAAGACCGAGAGACUGUUGGUGGGGCUGAUCAAGGCUCGGAGACUGCAAGCCCCCUCAGACACCUGCAGCCCCCUGGUGAAGCUCCACCUAUUGCCUGACGAGCGGUACUACCUACAGUCCAAGACCAAGUGUAAAACCACCAACCCACACUUUGACGAGCACUUCAUCUUCCAGGUGUCCAGCAAAAGUCUCAUACAGAGGGUGCUAAAGUUCUCUGUGUACCAUGUGGACAAGCAGAGGAAGCAUCAACUCCUGGGCCAGGUGUUUUUCCCCCUGAAGAAGGAGACCCUGGCAGGUGAUUGUCAGCACAUUAUCUGGAGGGACCUGGAGGCCAAGAGCCUGGAGCCUCCCUCUGAAUUUGGCGAUCUCCAGUUCUGCCUCAGCUACAACAACUACCUGAGCCGCUUGACAGUGGUUGUACUUCGAGCCAAGGGCCUCCAGUUCCAGGAGAAGAGGGGUGUUGUCAGUGUGUUUGUCAAGGUCUCUCUGAUGAACCACAAUAAGUUUGUCAAGUGCAAGAAGACGUCAGCUGUGCUGGGAUCUGCCCACCCUGUGUACAAUGAAACCUUCAGCUUCAAGGUUGAGCCCGCUGAACUAGACACAGCCAGCCUCAGUCUGACUGUACUACAGAGCACAGGGGGUGAUGAGAUCCACAUGCUGGGCCGGGUGGUGGUGGGUCCCUACAUGUACGCCCGCCGCAAGGAGCUGGAGCACUGGGACGCGAUGGUCAGCAAGCCCAAGGAGCUAGUGCGACGCUGGCAUGCGCUUUCCCGUAGCCCUGAGCCCUGA